AUGACAUCCAAACGCAAAGCCUCGGCGAUGGCCACCCCUAGCGCCGAAGAACCAGUCGACCCUUCCGAUGAGCUGAUGUUCCUCUGUCUGGGAGGUGGAAACGAGGUGGGAAGAUCGUGUCACAUCAUACAAUACAAGGGCAAAACCGUUAUGCUUGAUGCUGGCCAACAUCCGGCAUACGACGGUCUGGCAGCGCUGCCUUUCUACGACGACUUCGAUCUUAGUACCGUCGACGUCCUCCUCAUCAGCCAUUUCCACAUAGACCAUGCCGCAUCUCUUCCUUACGUCUUGGCCAAGACCAACUUCAGAGGCAGGGUCUUCAUGACACACCCGACCAAGGCCAUCUACAAAUGGCUUAUUCAAGAUAGCGUCAGAGUUGGCAAUACCUCUUCAAAUCCGACAUCACAGCCUGUGUACACAGAGCAGGAUCAUCUCAAUACAUUUCCGCAGAUCGAAGCAAUUGACUACCACACCACCCACACCAUCUCAUCCAUCCGCAUCACGCCUUACCCUGCCGGCCAUGUUUUAGGGGCUGCUAUGUUUCUGAUCGAGAUAGCUGGGCUCAACAUAUUCUUCACUGGCGACUAUUCCCGAGAGCAGGAUCGACAUCUUGUCUCUGCUGAAGUCCCCAGAGGCAUCAAGAUUGAUGUCUUGAUUACCGAGUCAACCUAUGGCGUCUCAACUCAUGUUCCGCGACUCGAGAGGGAACAGGCGCUCAUGAAGUCUAUCACGAACAUCAUUAACCGCGGCGGUCGUGUGCUGAUGCCCGUUUUCGCCCUCGGUCGAGCACAAGAGUUGCUGCUGAUCCUCGACGAAUACUGGGGCAAGCACCAAGAGUAUCAGAAAGUCCCCAUCUACUAUGCGAGUAACCUGGCUCGGAAGUGCAUGGUUGUAUACCAGACAUACGUAGGAGCGAUGAACGACAAUAUCAAACGCCUGUUUCGGGAGCGUAUAGCUGAAGCCGAAGCCGCGGGUGACGGCGCCGCAAAGGGUGGCCCCUGGGAUUUCAAAUACAUUCGAUCUCUCAAGAACCUUGACCGCUUUGAUGAUGUUGGAAGCUGCGUCAUGUUGGCAAGUCCCGGUAUGCUGCAGAACGGCGUCAGCCGCGAGCUCCUAGAGAGAUGGGCUCCUAGUGAUAAGAACGGCGUUAUAAUCACUGGUUACAGUGUCGAGGGGACAAUGGCAAAGCAGAUCGUCCAGGAGCCGGAGCAGAUCCAGGCCGUCAUGUCCAGGAACAUCAAUGCCGUUCGGAGGGCACCUGGUGGGGAUAACGAGAAGGUAUUGAUACCUCGACGAUGUAGUGUGGCCGAAUACUCAUUCGCCGCACAUGUCGACGGCCAGGAGAACAGGGAGUUUAUCGAGGAAGUCGCGGCCCCCGUCGUGAUUCUGGUCCAUGGCGAACAACACAACAUGAUGAGGCUCAAGUCCAAGCUGCUUUCCCUGAACUCGGCUAAGAUCGACAAAGUCAAGGUAUACAGUCCCAGGAACUGCGAAGAGUUACGGAUACCGUUCAAGACGGACAAGAUUGCCAAAGUAGUCGGCAAGCUUGCAUCAAUCCCUCCACCAAGACAACUACCGACACCCGAUAGCCAACACUCGGAGCUCGUAACCGGUGUCAUAGUCCAGAACGACUUCAAGAUGUCCUUGAUGGACCCUGAAGAUCUGCGAGAGUAUGCGGGCCUUACCACAUCGACAAUCGCGUGUCGACAGAAGUUCAUGCUCAGUGCGGCGGGAAUAGAUCUCAUCAAGUGGGCCCUCGAGGGCACGUUUGGCAACAUCGAGGAGCUGCCACAGCCCAAGCCACAAAAGAACGGCGAUGAUGUUGCGAAUGGCGAUACCAAGACGGAGGACGCGGAUGAGGAGAUUACCCAACUUGUCGCGGCCUACCUGGUGAUGGGUUGUGUCACGGUGCGAUACCGCAAUAACGGAGAGGUCGAGUUAGAGUGGGAGGGUAACAUGCUGAACGAUGGCAUCGCCGAUGCCGUCAUGGCAGUUCUGUUUUCUACCGAAAGCAGUCCUGCUGCGGUAAAGCAAUCCGCGAGCAAACACUCGCAUACUCAUGAGCUUCCAGAGCGCAACCCACACGCCAAUCUGACUCCGCAGGAACGGCUCGAGCGCCUCUUCCUCUUCCUCGAGGCGCAGUUCGGCGCGGACGCGGUGGCACCGGUCGCCUUGCCCAAACUGCCACCGUUGACAAAGGACAAGAAGCCCAAGAAGGCAGAGGGAGGCGACGAUGCCGACUCGGACGCGUCUAUGGAACUGUCGGACGACGGCGAGGAGGAGGAGCGGCUCCUCGAGCUGCGGCAGAAGACGGAACUGGAGCGGCUGCAUCGCGUUGGCAUCCCCGUGCCCGGCGUCACGAUCAAAGUGGAUAAGAUGCUCGCUACGGUCUGGCUGGAGGACCUCGAGGUCGAGUGCAACCAGAAGGUAUUCGCGGACAGGGUCAAGGCUGUGGUGGAGCGCGCGGUCGAGGUCACGGCGCCGCUUUGGGGCUGA